CCCGGCGUAUAUAAGGCUGGCGGCCGGCCUCGGACAGACCCCGCGCUCCCCGAGGCGCCCGGAGCCCUCCCAGAGGCACCGACGCCGCAGCUCGGUCCUGCGCGCCGCACACGCUCUCCCGCAACCUGGUUGGAGACACCAUGAAGCCCGCCGGCCGCGCGGCGCUGCUGGGGGCGCUGCUGCUCCUGGCCCAGCUGCGCGCAGGGAGCGGCCGGCCCGGCCCGGCGGCGGCGGCGGGGGACCCGGUUCCGAGUCUGCGCUGGAGCCCCGGGGCGCGCCCUCCGGUCGGCGGGGCCCGGGCGCUGCUGCUGCUGCUGGCCGAGCGCUUCCCGCGCCGCGCCGCCCACCCGGACAGGGGCCCAGCCGGGCCCGCGGGCGAGCGGCCGCGACGGGACGACCCCCCGCUCUCCAUCGACCUCACCUUCCACCUGCUGCGGACCCUGCUGGAGCUGGCGCGCACGCAGAGCCAGCGGGAGCGCGCCGAGCAGAACCGCGUGCUCUUCGAGUCGGUGGGCAAGUGACCCGCCGGGACCCCGGCACCCUCGGCCCGGCCCCCACCCGAACUGACCCGGCCCGCGGGGCUGGAGCGGCCCGGAGACACCCGCGCUCUCUGCGCUCCUCUUUUUUUA